UAGUACAUAACAAUGUUAUUUAAAACGUUAUUUAUCGUUCUACUGUAUAAUUACAUAAAUGCGGAAGACCCUGGGUUACCGGACAUUCUGCCUCGUAUUUUAUAUGGAGAGGAGGUUAGGAUAGAAGAUCAUCCAUAUUUUGCUGGUUUGAUAAACUGUGGAGCUGCCAUCAUCUCCGACAGAUAUCUGCUGACUGCUGGCCAUUGUGUUGCUCAACCCUGGAUAAUGCAAUUUGCUACUUACGCAUACGUAGGUGGAGAAACGACCCAGAAUAGCCAAAUGGUUAACUACGACAAAGUCAUCCUUCACGAGAACUAUCAUCUGAUUCAAGGGAUCCCUUUCAAUGAUAUUGCUGUGAUACGACUGGCCAGGCCCUUGAAGUUCUCCAGCAAAAUCCAGCCGUUAAAAUUGCCGAGACAAGACUCUACGAAGUCCUUUUUGACGUUCGUUGGCAGGGGUAAUGGGGAGGACGGUCAAGCAACAAAACAAUUAUUAAAGAUGGAUGUACAGAGAUUGUCUCCAUCAGAGUGCAUCUCACUUGUGCCUCCACAGUACAGUCUCUACAUAUAUCAAUUCAAAGACAUAUUGUCGAAAAUCAACGUUUGCGCAAAGAGAACUAAUAACAUGCCUGGUAUAUGCAGUGGUGAUUCUGGCAGUCCCUUAACUGAUGGUAACGUUGUGGUUGGAUUGGCUUCAUACGGUGGUGAAAAUUGUCAUGCAAACCGUUUAGGGUUCUACGUCAAUGUAGCGUAUUACGCUGACUGGGUUAGAAAAGUUACCGGUUUGCAGUAAA